AUGGUUGGCCCUAAUCUUCACCAUACCCCCAUGUCCCUUGUAGGGAGGGAAAGACUUUUCCCAGUGGAAGCCCAGGGCCUCCUGUGUCCCAUUUCACGGUGGUGACUUCACCUGUUUGCACACUACCACCGCCUGCCUCUCUCUCUGUCUCUGUCUCUCUCUGUCUCUCUUUCUCUCUGUCUCUCUCUUGUCCCUGGCUCUCUCCUGACCAGCUCCUUUCCACACCCUCUCUUCUCAGCCUUCCUCUCUUCCUUCUUGCUUUUCCCUUCCUAGGCAUCUUGUCUUUGCCCUUCUGUCUGGAGGUUAUUUCUUUUCUGUCUUUCUCCCUUGUGUCCCUCUGCUCUCUUUCCUGCCUCUCUCUUGUGUUCUCGACUUGUGCUCUGAUGGUCCCCCUCUCCAGUCUCUAUUUUUAUCCCUCUGACACACCCCUUGUGUCCACCUCUCUGUCUGUACCACCACCCCCCCUUCUUCAGUACUAGCUCUGGGUCCCAAUUAGUUGGUGUUGGCCACGGCAGCGCAGGGCCCCACCAGGCUUCUCAUUACCGCUGGCGGCUCCUAAUGAGCGUGGGGUGGAGUGACCCCGCGCCCCCAGCCCGGCCUGCGUCACUGCCGCCGCGGGGGCUGUGAGGGUAUAUAAAAGGGGCGUGAGCAUAGCUGCCUGAGCCCACUGCACGGUAGGGGGUCCUGUAGGAGGCUGGUGGCAGGGUUGGAUUGUGGGCCCUAGGCUUCUGGGCGGGAUGAUGACAUUGAGAUUCUGGCCCCUGUAUCCACAGGUGAUGGAGACCUGCCAGAUGUCCAGGAGCCCCCGAGAGCGGCUGUUGCUGCUUUUGCUGCUGCUACUGCUUGUGCCCUGGGGCACUGGCCCUGCCUCAGGUGUUGCCCUGCCCCUCGCUGGUGUGUUCAGCCUCCGCGCCCCGGGUCGUGCCUGGGCGGGCUUGGGUAGCCCCCUGUCUCGGCGCAGCCUGGCGCUAGCUGACGACGCGGCCUUUCGGGAGCGCGCGCGCCUGCUGGCCGCCCUGGAGCGCCGCCGCUGGCUGGACUCUUACAUGCAGAAGCUGUUGCUACUGGACGCGCCCUGAGCCUAAUAAAGAGCCUGUCGCACUGCGA